CACUAUAGCGCGACCGGCGCUGAUAAAAAGCCGGGGCAACGCGGCCUGCGCGCGCGUUGGAGGCUGCCCCACGCCUUACCAGCAACGCGGCUGUACCGACAAAGCUGCCCGGCCCGGCGAGCCAGCCGUCCCAAGGUAGAACGAGGUAGAGGCACCCAGCCCCAAUAACGCGACGCGCCGCGAUGGCCGACGACGAGAACGAACAGACGACCCCCCACUGGGGCACGAGCGCCCCGGACUAUGAGGGCGAGGACCCGGAAAACGAGAUCGAACUCGACCCGAACAUGGCCGAGCUGCCGCUCUUCGCCGGGCUCGAGGCGAAGAAGAUUUUUGCCGAUAUUGAGAAGCAGCGCGAGAAGCUCGAGAAGGCCCAGGCCGACUACGCGGACCAUGAGGAGCGUUAUAAAGUCAUGGUCGAGCACCUGAAGAAUGUCCGGCAAGAAGUUCAGCACACGGAGGGCUUAGCUUCCGCCAAGAGGGCCGAGGUCGCGUCCGAGGACCACCUGGCCCAGAUGGCUAAAAGAGAGGCCGGGAGAUAUAGGCAGGAACUCAAACGGGAGCAGCAGGAGCUCGAGGCGAUCGAUAGCACGCUCAACGCGCUCCAGAACCAGGUCUUCGGGGCCAACGAGAAGAUGGACGGCUUUAAGUUGCAGAUGAACUGGAACCAGGAGGAGUUGGAACAGUGGGCCCUGGCCUCGAAGCAGAAAGAAGAAGAUAACUUGGCUAUAGAAAAGUAUACGAGGGCCGAUGAAGCCAAAAUAAAUCAGCUAGCCCUGCAGAUCGAGAAAUUGACGAAGCGCGAUCUAGAAAUUCAAGCGCAAGUGGAAGCGGAAGCGACCGAAACCUCUUCCAGACAGAUUGAAUUGGAUCGCACGGCGGAAGAAUUUCGGGUCCUACAUGCGGAGCGCCAGAAGCUCGUCCAGCAGUGGAAGGAGACCAUCGAAGUGGCGGCUAGACGCGAUCAAGACAUCACGAAGACGGCGACGGAGUACGUCCAGCAAAAACAGGCCAAAGAGGUGGUUGACGUCGAUCUGAAGGCGGCGCGGGAAGACCUCGACAAGGUCCAGGCCCUGCACGGCGAACUCCAGACCGAGGUCACGGCGCGCGAGCGCCAGUUGCAAGCUCGCAGAGAAUUUCUACUGUCGGAACAGGAAAGAAAAAAGAAACUCGAGGAGGAGAUCGACAUCAUCAAGACGGAGCUCGUGCGAUACGGCGUCCUUUCGCCUUCUUACGCCAUCGACGCGACUCAUGUCCAUGAGACGAGGUCGUGGGUGGUUUCUUUUUCGAGUUUGAGCUGUUUCGGACCGCGUCGGGGCCGUCGCGGCGUGUCAGAGAGACAGCGGCUUCACGAGACAGUGCCGCCGCGACGCCGUCGUCGCGAUCCCACGAGAGUCGACGUGGUCAUCAGGACGCCGUCGACGCGAUGCCACAUCACCGCGAUGCUCCGCGCAGGCGAACAGCGCUCGCACACUAGCUCGUCGUAGAGCGGAGAUGGAGCGCGAGAAGGACGAGGUCGUCCAGCGGAAGACGCAACUCGAACAGGUGCGGAAGCUGUACCACGCCGCGAAGCGCGACUACGCCGGCACGGACGAAAAGCUCGCCAUCGUCGAGAAGGACGCGUCCGCCGCGGAGAAGAUUUUGAAGGAUGCCGAGAACGAGGAAGUUGCGGAACAAAGGAAACUGCAAACCCUGAAGGAGAAGAUGUUCAAGGCGAGUCAGGAAUUGUUCGACCUCCGGCAGAUCGAGGCCUCGACGAUUGCCGAGAUUUCUGGUUCGCAAUCUCAGGUCAAGAAUCUAAGACAUAAGAUUCGCGCUUUAGAUAAGGAGUCCGUGAAGCAGGCCGAGCUCAUCUAUAACGCGGAGUACGAGAUUCAGUUGAUGGAGCGCAAAUUAAGUGUAGUGAAAGGGGAGCGGUCCGACGCGGAGAAGAAGGCCCUGACGGCGCAGAUCGAGAAGUGCAAGGAGGAGUUGAAGGAAGCGAAGGACCAGCAGAAGUUCCUAGUCAAUCAGACGCGCAAAGUCAACAACGAGUACACGCGAGCGCGGAGACGCGAGGAGGAGGCCGAGAGGGACAAGGUCAAGCUACGAGAGCGCAUCAACACGGUCGAGAUGGAAAGCAACGCCGUGGAACUGGAUUUGAAGCAGUACACGGAGGAGGAGCAGGAGGCCAUGGUUGCCAACGAUGUCAUGAGGCUCGAGAUCAAGAGAUUGAGAGAUCAACUGUCGGAACGGGCCGACAAGGUCUUCACGCUCGAGAACCGGAAGCAGCAGUUGAAACUAAGCAUGGCGGAGCGCAAGAAGGAGAUUGCGGUCCAUUCCGAUGUCCAGGCCGUACAAUUAAGGUUAGCGGAGGAGGAGGUCCACAAGGUGAAGAUGGAGGUCAAUGGGCGCAAGGCGCAGAUCAACAUGCUCGCGGCGAAGUACGAGAAAGUUGUGAAAAGUUCUUCUGUCAGGUCAGAGGAAGGCGGGGAGCCGAAGUCGCAAGCCUACUACAUGAUUCAAGCGGCGCAAAAGAGAGAAGAGUUGCAGAGACAGGGCGACGAGUUGGAUCAGGAAAUCAGGAGGCGGGAGCGGGAGAUGCGCGCUUUGGAAGCUACGUUAAGGCACGUCAACGUGCGAAACACGAAGUAUCGCACGUCCUUCCAAAAAGCCAACAUGAAGAGCGGCGAGGCCGAGGACAUGAAGCAGCUCGAAGAACAGGCGAAAUUGGCCGCGGAUGCCUUGUUUAGAAGGAAGAAGGAGCUCCAACGGUUGGCCACCGACUUCGAGGAAGAUGACCGGAGGUUGAGGCAGGUCGAAGGGCAAUGUACCAGAUUGGAAGAACGGAACGGCCAUUUGGCCGAGGCGAAGCAGCAGAUGGAGGUCGAGCUCGCGGCGCAGGACGAGGCCUUGGAGAAGCACGACGAGCGGUUAUCUAGACUGUCGGCGCUGCAUCGCGGCGACGGCGAGGAGGAGACGGUGCAGGAGAAGCACUUCCGGGCGGAAGGUCUCCGAGAUGCGACAAAGUCGGUACUUAGAACGCUCGGGGAUUUGGCCAAGGCGUACCCGGAGUUGAAGGACGUGCUCAACGCGACGCUGCAGGACCACGGCCUGCACCCGGAACUGCUGGCCGGGUAAUAACGUUUGUUUUUCGG